AUGCUUUUCAACUCUGAUGACGAUCUGGAAGAUCCAACUUUUAUCGAUCAGGUAGAUCAAACUGAUCCGAGUUCUUCAGAUGACUCUGAUGGUUAUUUGAACGAGUCCAUCAGAUCUGUAUCAAGGUCCACAUCUACGAUUCAUGAUAAGCAGCAUGAUACAAUAACUGUGACAGCUCAACCCCAACAAAAUGACGCAGUUCAACCCCCUUUCAAUCCUGGAGUUGAUAAUCUAUUUGUGGAAUGGAACAGAGAAAAUGUUUUGAGAGAAUUUCCAUUCACAAAAAUCAACGAACUCUUGGUUCCUACUUCAGAAAAAGCAAUAAGGAUCAGAAAACUGAAAAGAGAAGAGUUCUCAAGCCGAGAAGAAAAAAAAAUUAGAAGAAAGCGAGAGGAAACAGACGAAGAUGAGAGGAUAAGAGCCAAAAGAGAUGAAGAUGAGAAAGAGAACGGUUAUAGAAUUCCAAAUAUUGAUCUGACUGAAGUGAAAGUGAAACAAAGAAAUAGUGCUGGGAACAAAUCAAGAAAAACUAUCAAGGGGUUCGAGGAAGACAACUAUAGUUCAGAUAGUUUUGAAUACUAUGCAACAACAGUAAGGGAGAAAUUUGAAAAAAUCACUAGGAGCAAGUCUACAUCUCCAAAUCUAAUUUUGGGAGUAGGAGACUACGUGAUUGUGAAUUAUGAUGAUGAGCUCUAUCUAGGAAUCAUCAAAAUAGUUGAACGAGAGCAAUAUGAAAUUAUUGAAUUUAUCAAUGAAAUAUGCAACUCUGCAAAUGAAGACGCCGUAAAUGACUUUGCCGAUCGCGCUACCCACUCUAAUACUCAUCCUUUCACUAUUAACGGACAUCAAUUUGGUGCUGUUUGGAACGAUACAGAACGUAACACCUUUCUAAGACCUGGACUCCUAUUUGAAAUAGAAACAGACCAUGACCUCGACAAAAAAUUUCGGAAAUAUGGAAGACGACUCAAUAUCCCAACGAUUGCUGCUAAUACUAGAACUCAGAACAUAUCUGAAUUCACCCAGUUAAACAAUCCACAUUGGUUCGUUCAUAUCAUUGAAAUUAUGACCAUCUACUGUUCUUACUUCGACGGAUAA